AUGGAUCAAUCGCGGAGUCUGGACAAAAUGCCCCCAAUCAUUCGCACCGGUCUGUCGGCCUAUAGUACUACAUCUUCUGCUGGAUUCAAGCCUCCAUCAACUCGCGAUAUUCCUCCGGUAACUCUGACGAACAUCAAACACGUUGAUUCGAAGGUCUUUCAGCCAUAUCUUUCACAAGUGGGGACUCUAUACGAUGUAUUUCAACAACCGAAGGAAGGCGCGGUGGAGGAUACCCAGCCGGCGCAGGCAGCUAGGUCUCCUAAGCCGGACUCGGAUCGAGAUUCAUUAAUGCCAUGGUCCCCCGAACGGAGGUCCUCGGUCAUGUCAAUCAGUUCCAGAUCAUCUUCGCCAUAUGAUACUCGUGGCCGACGCCCAUCCGGUGGCCGAGGUCGCGCACCUGCAGUGACUCCUCUAUCUACAAUCCCCCCAGUCUACUUCGAGGAGGGCUUCCAUUUAGAAAACCCGCGUACAUUCGAUGUGAUAUCGGAAAAAUCGGAUGUAGUGAAGCCGCCGAGACCACCGACCAAAGACGACAAUAACGUCAAUGGAUUACUUGCGGAGCCAGUGCAGACUGGAAGAAAAGCACUAGCUACUAAUGCUAUUCUACAAGAAAAGCUCUCGUGGUACAUGGAUACUGUGGAGAUCCAUCUUAUUUCGUCCAUUUCUACAGCAUCAAAAUCCUUCUUCACUGCACUAGGUUCGCUCCGGGAGUUACACGCAGAAGCAGCUGAUUCUGUCAACCGAAUACAAGUAUUGAGGAAGGACCUGCAGAAGAUCGACAAAGAGAUGGCUCUGGGUGGUCUCAAGGUUGUCAAUUUGAGAAGGCGGCGAGAAAAUGUACGAAUGUUAGCAGCUGCCGUGGCUCAGCUUCGCGAGGUUGUCGAAUCAGUUUCUCGUUGCGAAAGUCUUGUGGAACAGGGCGACAUCGAAGAAGCUGCCGAUGGGCUCGAGGAAGUUGAAAAAUUGAUGUCUGGUGAAAAGGGUUCUAAUCGUUCUGCUUCGGAGGAUGAAGAUGGUGCUCCCAAACGCAUUAUUGACCUGCGAGGCAUCAAGGCCCUUCAGGGAGCAUCUGAUGACCUUGCACAACUUCGCCAGCGCAUCGGCAUGGGCUAUGAAUCCCGAUUCCUGAACGAUCUUCUGGGAGAUUUACGACAGCAUGUCCAAAAUGUGCCAUCAAGCGUAACCUUGCAGCGGUGGGGAAAUUCCUUCCAACGGCAGCGCGGUAGUCACCGGUCUGGAGUACCGGCAUCACCUGCAUACAUGAACUUUGAUAACGACUUGCGAUCCCAAUUGAACACUCAACUCAAUGGGCUUGCGCGUGCUCACUAUACGAUGCCAGCGGCAACUUCUUUCAAAACCGCUGUCUUACGAGAAAUGAAGGGACUUAUUCGCAAACACUUGCCCAGUUCUAGUGAUGAUGAUAAUGAAUCUAUGGUGUCGCUGUCAACGCAUGGCGGUCAUCAGCUAAGCCAGCAAGAGAAGUCAUCAAUUCUUGCUCGAAACCUGCGCGCACUUGAUCCAGAUGAUGCUUAUGCAAUGUUGGUUAAUGUAUACACCGGGAUUAGCGAAUCACUUAGGCGACUCAGCGUCCAAGUUAAAAUCCUUCUGGAUAUUGCCAGCGGUCUGGGGAAUUCGCCGGCUUCUGGUGUCAAGUCACCACCACGAAGUCCCACCCCCAAAGCUAUCAAGUCUCCACAGAUCGGACCAACAGCCUCUGAUAUGGCCCAAGAUGAGAUUCUCCAGGUUUUGGACAUGUCGAGUUUACUUGGUCAAGCAGUUGAUAUCGCCCAAUCCCAAAUAACAAAGGUUCUGAAAGUUCGAUCAGAACAGACUGCUCAACUUUCAAAAGAGGAGUUUUUGAAAUAUUUCAUUUUGAACCGCCUGUUCGCCGAUGAGUGUGAGGCCAUCUCGGGCCGCAGUGGCAAUGCACUAAAGACCAUUGUCGGAAACCAAAUCCGUGACUUCAUCACACGUUUCGGUGAUGGCCAACGCCAUCAAAUUGUUAAUGUUAUGGAUUCUGAUCGAUGGGACGCACGAGAUUUCGGUGAUGCCGAGAAUACUAUCCUGGCAAGGAUUCUAGACGCAAGCACCCACGACGUCGACGCUUGGGUGGAAGCUUCCAAGAUUUGGAUUCAAGGCGCUAGAAACGAGCAGGACAAGCCUGCUGAUACUGCAAACGGGACCGACAAGUCUAAAGUUCGCAGCGCGGUUAUCGACGAGCAGAAGUACAUCCUACCUGACUCUGCUGUCGCGAUGAUGCACAGCAUCCAAGAGUUCGAAUUUCUUAUGUCGAACAUCCCUAGCAUGAUUCAGGAUAUUGCUCCACAUCUACUUGAUAUCCUCAAGCUGUUCAACUCGCGAUCAUCGCAAUUGAUUCUUGGCGCUGGCGCUACACGUAGUGCAGGACUCAAAAAUAUUACGACUAAGCACCUCGCCCUCUCAUCACAGGCAUUGAGCUUUGUCAUUGCUCUGGUUCCUUAUGUACGAGAGUUUGUCCGGCGCCACGGUCAGGCCAACCCCUUGAUGGCGGAAUUUGACAAAGUCAAGCGACUAUGUCAAGAGCAUCAGAGUGGUAUUCACGAGAAGUUAGUCGAUAUCAUGAGCUCUCGCUCCUCGGUGCACGUGAACGCGAUGAAGAAGAUCGACUGGGAUAAUAAGGAUGCAUCACGCGCUGUGAAUGCUUACAUGGAAGUCUUAGCGAAAGAAACAGGCACUUUACAUCGUGUCUUGAGCAAGCAUCUUCCAGAUAUGACGGUCGACAUGAUCAUGGUACCUGUGUUCAACAAUUACCGUGAUCAAUGGAUGAAGGCCUUCAACGAGGCCGACGUGCAGACAGAUGCUGGAAAGAAGAGGAUGGAAACCGAUAUUGAGCACUUCCGGAGUAAACUCAGCAAGAUCGAAGGCGCCAGUGGGGUUGGCAACAAGCUCCUUGAAGUCGUGCGAGCCAAGACGAUCACCAGCGUGCCCCAGAAAUCUGAGCCGGCGAGUGAAAAGCAGAAAGAACAGGACGACGGCUCUGAUUCCACCAAGUCCUGA